UUUGGGAAAUAGCCAAGAGUUUUCAAGUGCUUAGAUACUGAGCAUCAUUUAUUUGAGGCUAACAGAGCCAGCAUUAUUUGAUCCUGGCGUCUCUAUUGUACUGUUAGUCGUAAGCAUUAUAAAGAGUGAUAAUUUAAAAAGUAAUAAUCUGACUUGUGAGGUAUGUUUAUUUCAUUCUUCUGUCCAUAAUAAUCUGAAGUUUAUAGUAAAGUAAAUGCUGUAAUGUGGUUAGAGGGUGGUUCAGAAAAAGAAUUAGAAAGAUAUCAAUAGGUUUCUCAUUUGUCGUAUAGAAAUGUUCUGAUUUUCGACUAUAUAAAUAUCCCCAUUUAUCUAAUGUCUAAACAAGGUGAAGUCAUGGGGAGCCACUGCACGAGUUCUUUACAGGUCAUUUACUGCCUUUUUGCCUAGAAUCGUGGGAUUUGUGUCUGGAAAGAACUUUGGAGAUCAUCUUGUUUAACUCCUUUGUUUUAUCUGGGAGAAAACUGAGGCUCAUGUGCUACAUUCGCCCAAAGACACACGUUGAUCCUAUCAACUUUUUGAAACAUCUGUGUGCUUCGUCAAGCUCUAGCAUUUCUUCCUAAUGAGGAAAUAGUGAUAUGUUCAUAAGAGCGUUCUGUUGCAUUCUUACAUUUCUGAAAUAUAGCAGCGGAGCAUUAAUAUUUGGUGGUACUCUAGAUAUUUAAUAGCUACUGACUAUUGCUUGUGUCAAAUAAAAGAUGAACUCUAUUGAACAUUAUCAGGAAUGUUUUCUGUUGCCUUUAAUACAUUUGAGUGAGAAAGGAAAAUGACGACAUUUUCCUAAACAGUGUCAAGAUAUCUUUUACAAAAUAAGUAAGAUUUGUGUUCUUAAGGGGAGUACCUUCGGAUUCAAACAUCCCAUUCUUGAUUCUUGAUUUUUACUCUGUAUGUCUAAUAACCAAGAAAAUAAUAAGAAAAACUGGUAAUCAGGGGUAAUAAAAGUAAAUUCUGAUAUGAAUUCAUAAUGGCAGAUGUUCCUGGGAAGAAUGAGCCAGAAGAGUUUAAUUACGUAGGAUGCCUAACCAAGAGCCCAAGGAAGAAUCGGGUGGCAGGUGCCCGUAGACUUUACCUAUGAAAAUUAAAAAUAACUUCUGAAGGAAGGACAGCUAAUUUUGUUGAUGUAAUACGUUUAUAUUGCUCUACAGCUUGUUGGUAAAAGUAGUUUUGAGCACUCAGAGAGCAAUCUUUCCCCUCGUCGUCUUCCAAUUAAAAAAGCAGUAUUACUUCUUUUCGGAUACUGAGCCAGUGAGCAGCUCCAAGAUCUCCCAGGCCCGCACAAUUUAAGAAAAGGGAAAUUAGCAACCCUUCCCCCUCAGAAUGCUGUGAUCUACCAGAACAAGAAGGCAAAGCAGGUCUUUAAUAAUACGAGAGACAUUGCCAGUUGUUAAUUCUUCCGCUGUUAAUGCCAUGGGAGCGCACGUAUUCCCAAUCGGCUGCCCGUGUGCUCAGACCCACAGCACAGUGUGUUCCUUCCAGCCGUGUUAAUUUACGCAUCUGUCCAUCCUCAGCGCUCACCGGAUGCCGGCUCUGGGCCAGUCAGGGUGCCGAAUGCUGGCUUUGACGUUCUCACGCACACACCGAGCGGAGAGGAUUCCUUGAGACUUACGAUCAUCUGUUUGCAAUUCUCCUGUGGUGUCCCCAGACAGUACCAGAUGAUUAGAAGCCCCUCAAGUGAACACAGUAGGCUGCCAGUCUUGCAGCGUGUGCCAUUCGUCACGGACACAACCUAGUCAUUUAGCCCUGUGGCUUCAACCCAAGGAGAGUAGUAGGGGCUGGGCAGUGCUUUCCCGAGUAGGAGUUUCCUUUUGCUGGCCCUUGGUCUGAUGCUUCGGAGACCGUCUCUGCUUAUUCUCCGAGCAGUAAAGAACAAGGUCCGUUUUCCAUUCUGUCCACCCAGCGGGGGAGAUGUGUGCAGAGGAGACGCUUCCUGUCCAAAACCUGUUCCCGCUUCCUCUGGCCAGGAAGCCGUGGCUCUGGCGUGGCCGCCACUGGUGCCUUCAGUGGCCUGCCUUCUCCGCAGGCUUAGUGAAUGCGGAAUGAAGACGGCAGCCUGACUCUUAGGAGCCCUGAUAACGUGCAUUCCAUUUCUGUCACGCAGCCCUCAUGUUCAGUCUGUUUAACCCUUUAUAAUUAUCAACCGUUUCCCUUGAGGAACACCUUGUGUGGUUUGUUCUCACCGUCUACUUAAAUGCCGGUUACCAGAGUACUUUGUUUAUUUGGAGCCUAUGAAUUGCAUUGAGCUCUAUGCUCUAUAGAACUUGUUGCGAGCCUGAUUAAACAGUAAACUCCUUGAAGACAGGGACUAGGGCUGUUUCUUUCUGUAUCACAGAGAGGGACUGACCCAACUGAUUACCACUGUUUGAGUCCUGAACAAACAAACACAAAGAAAACCCAAACAAAACCCGUCCAUGGUGUGCAAGGGCGUCUGUUCAAUUCAGGGUUGUGUCGCAAACCUCAGUGCAAAAUGCACGCACUUUAUUGCUGAGCAUUGCCUUUUUUUUUUUUUUUUUGAGCUUUCCUACCACAAUUAAUCUUAUAUGGUAAUGCAGUGACAAUGAGAUGAUUUCUCCGGAGAAUCUAUGCUAAUACUAUUAAAAUGCUCUUACCAUGUCAAAAUGAUUGCAGUGGAAGGCACGUGGGGACCGUGCUUAUGUGAUUAUGAUAUUAUAGCGAUGGGCGAUUACCAUAGGAAACUACUAAUUCAACCCUGCAGGGACUUGCAUUAUGAAGCCAUUAUAACAUGAGAUUAUAAUGACACAAUAACUCGGAUGCACACUCGUGAUGUGAAAACUAAAAGCUAAUUUGAAUGUGAGUAGUAUUUCCAUUAAAUUGUAAUUAAACACCGAAAGCCAUGCUUGUUUAAAUUUAAGACGGAGACCUCCAAUCCAGAAAAGGAAACUGUGGGUAAAGGACGCACGCCAGGCAUGAGCUGAUGAUGAAAACACUCUUUUCAGAGCAUCUCCUGGUAUCAUCAGAAAUGUCCUCCUUAAGUGGGAAAGUCCAAACUGUUUUGGGCCUGGUAGAGCCAGGCAAACUGGGCCGCACUCUGACCCACGAACAUUUGACAAUGACCUUUGACUGCUGUUACUACCCACCUCCUCCACGUUACGAAGCUACCUCCGAAGAACCUAUUAUGAUGAAAAAUUUAUUUUGGAUUCAAAAGAACCCUUAUUCCCAUAAGGAGAAUCUUCAGCUGAAUCAGGAGACGGAAGCCAUCAGGGAAGAACUGUUGUAUUUUAAAGCCAACGGUGGAGGGGCUUUGGUCGAGAACACUACUGUUGGCAUCAGCCGAGACGUGAAGACUUUGAAGUGGCUUGCCGAAGAGACCGGCGUCCAUAUCAUAUCUGGAGCUGGAUUUUAUGUGGACGCAACUCACUCUCCAGACACCAGAGCCAUGUCAGUGGAACAGCUUACGGAUGUCCUCAUUAAUGAAAUUCUCCAUGGAGCUGAUGGAACUAGCAUCAAGUGUGGGGUCAUUGGAGAAAUUGGUUGCUCCUGGCCUCUGUCAGAGAGUGAGAAGAAGGUUCUUCAGGCAACAGCUCAUGCUCAGGCUCAGCUCGGCUGUCCUGUUAUUAUUCAUCCUGGAAGGAAUCCAAGCGCACCAUUUCAGAUUAUCCGAGUGUUGCAAGAAGCAGGUGUAGACGUCUCCAAAACGGUUAUGUCCCACAUUGAUAGGACUAUACUUGAUAAAAAGGAACUCCUGGAGUUUGCUCAACUUGGCUGUUACUUGGAAUAUGAUCUCUUUGGGACUGAACUCCUUCAUUACCAAUUCAACCCGGAUAUUGACAUGCCCAAUGAUAAUAAAAGAAUUAGGAGAGUGCGUCUUCUGGUGGAUGAAGGCUACGAAGAUCGAAUUCUGAUGGCACACGACAUACAUACGAAGCAUCGGCUGAUGAAGUAUGGAGGUCACGGCUACUCUCAUAUACUUACCAACAUUGUUCCUAAAAUGUUGCUUAGAGGGAUCACUGAGAAUGCACUUGAUAAGAUACUAAUAGAGAACCCUAAGCAAUGGCUAACUUUCAAGUAGGAUGGUUGUUUACAGACUCACACCUUGAGUAGAAAGCUCACAGAGAACAUUUUUCAGUGAUUUCAAACCCACAGUGAGAUACUAAUCAGAGCUACGUAGGACGAAUGACGGAUCAUUUCCUAUUUAUGAGAAUUAGAAAUUUUGCCUUCUCAGAAACCAGCUGGUACAUCGGUACCUUUAGGAAGUUACUGACCUAACGGACCCCUCUUGUUCUGCCUUUGACAAAAUAAAUACAGAAGCACCUGUUUCCAAACAGUGAUUUACAUUCUGUAUCCCCUCUAGCAAAGUUUUGCUUUGUUUUGUUUUCUUAAUCUAUCAGGUGCACUACUUGAGGAAAUUUAAAGUGUUUCUAGUUAAAUUACCCCCUUCUGGAGCAAUCUAAUGUUUCUUGUAAUAUUGAUGAUCCUACUAAUUAUCCUGCUGUUCUUUAAUUAAUGCUUAAUGAAUAAUAUGGCACUUGAAAAUAGCUUCUGCAGCAAGGGAAGUUAAAGUUUGAGGCUUUUCCCCCCAAAGGACACUGUAAUACAAUCACCAAUUCACAAUGAUAAAAAUAUUGUCGAAGCUUAAUUAUAUUCAUUAUAUAUUGUAGAAGUUGUCUACCUAUCUAUAUUGACUGGUAAUAAAUCAGUUUUGUUGCCUGUG